AUGAGCCGUAGUCUUGGGCAUCCUCCCAACUACCGACCUGCUUCAAGCCGACUGAUGGGUGAAGACAGAACAGGGGGUCUUGCAUGCGAGCAGAUCGCCAUUUUGAACCAGCAGGGCAUCCGCAGACUCCGAGAGGGAUCCCUGGCGUCCUGCCUCGGCCAUUUGGAAGAGGCGGAGAGUCUCGCAAUCAUUGUGGCUGACAAGAGCUUACAAGCUGCGACCUUGAACAACAAGGCAUCUUACUAUAGGGAAACCAACAAGCCUCAUACGGCCAUGAAGUCCUCUAUCACUGUCGACUCCGUAUAA